UAUUUUUAUCGAUCGAUUUCAAACGAUGAAGUAUGAGAUCAACAUUAUUAUUAUUAUCAUUGGUGAAACGAAAAUGGCUUUCGCCAGCUAACAUGGUCGUUUCAAAAUCAUUUUUAUCAUCAUAUGCAAAACAAAAAUCAGCCAGAGAAUUAUCCAUAUUAUUCUAUGGUUCUGAUGAUUUUAGUAUAGCUAGUCUUAAAUUAUUACAUAAAAAACUGUUAAAUCCUGGAUUGGAUGCUACAGUUAUUGUAAAAAAUAUACAAGUAGUCACAACAAAAUGUAAUAAUCCUGUUAGUUUAUAUUGUAAAAAAACUGAUCUACCAAUUACUUUAUUCGAUGAAUAUACGGUUCCAAAUGAUCAAUUUGAUCUUGGUGUCGUUUCUUCAUUCGGUCGCCUUAUACCAUCUCAAGCUAUUAAUGCCUGCCAUUUUGGUGUUUUCAAUAUUCAUGGCUCAUUAUUGCCACGAUGGCGUGGAGCUUCACCUAUCCAACAUGCUAUACUUCAUGGUGAUGAAAUAACCGGUGUUACCAUAAUGAAAAUUCAUCCAAAUAGCAUUUUUGACAGGUUUGAUGUUGGCGAAAUUUUGGCACAAAAACCCAUCGAAAUUGUACAUCGAAUUUCGGCCAAACAAUUGAAACAAGUAAUGGCACCAAUAGGAGCUCAACUACUUUGGGACUGUAUUGAAGAUUUGGACAAUUGUUUAGCGAACGCUCGUAAACAACCUGAAGAAGGAGUUACAUAUGCUCGAAAACUAAAAAUUACGGAUGGUGAAAUCGAUUGGACAAAUAUGAAUGCAUAUGAAAUUGAUCGACGUUUUCGCGCAUUCAACGGUACCAUCGAUGUUUAUACCUAUUGGAUUGAUGGUACACCAUUACGAUUGGGUGAUAUACUUGAUCCAGAUCUUGUGAAUCGUUUGAAUAUAUCCGUUUUAGCCGGACAUGGACACUAUGAACAUUUACCAGGCCUUGUUUAUUAUCAUAAAAAACGACACAUUCUAUGUAUUGCUUCGGCAAAUGAAACAUGGUCGGCAUUUAGAAGCCUAACACUGAAAGGACGACGGAAAAUGUCUGCAUUAGGAUUCUCCAAUACAUUUAUUCGUCCAAUUGUUAAAGAAUUCAAAGCUAAUAAUCAAGGACAGCGACCAUUUUUAAUUGUAGGACAAACGGAAAAACAUGGCGGCAUGUUUAAUAUGAAUGAAUUCGAACAGAUUAAACAACAAUAUUUAUGAUAAGAGCAAAGAAAAAUUUCCAAAUCAAUAUCGAUUUGUGUUUUUGAUUUAGUUCAUUCGAUUAUA